UGCUCACCUUCAGAGGGGAAGGCACGUCCUGUUACAAGGGACACACACCGAUCCAUUGCACAACCUGACAGCAUGUCUCUAUGAGAAGUGCGGGAUGGAAGGUUCCGUUCAUCCGGGACGGAAGAAAAACCUUGUUCCCGGAGCGGGUAUUUCGGGAGGGAAUUACACCAUCCGAAGUCCCCUCCUCGAGGUCCCCUUUCCCCUCCAGGUCCUCCCCGCGCGGCCCCGGUUGCAGCCUCGGGGUUCCUGGCGCGUUCGCGCAGGCUGAGGGCCUGGAUGGUGCCCCCCAGGCCGGCCUGAGAGCGCAGCCCGAGCUGCCGGCCGGGAAGAGGAAGAUGUCUGUGCUCAAGCGGAUGAUGCGGGUCUCCAAUCGCUCCCUGCUCGCCUUCAUCUUCUUCUUCUCCCUCUCGUCGUCCUGCCUCUACUUCGUCUAUGUGGCCCCGGGCAUCGCUAACACAUAUCUCUUUAUGGUACAAGCUCGAGGAAUAAUGUUGAGAGAAAAUGUGAAAACAAUAGGACAUAUGAUCAGACUAUACACGAAUAAAAACACUACCCUCAAUGGUACAGAUUAUCCUGAAGGCAAUAAUUCAAGUGAUUAUCUUGUUCAAACAACAACAUAUCUUCCGGAAAACUUCACAUAUUCACCAUAUCUACCCUGCCCAGAAAAACUGCCUUAUAUGCUUCUUCACGUGUUUGACCUUCCAGGGGGAAUCCUCCACGUCAACGUAAGUGAAAUCAGUUUUGAUGAAAUUCAUCAACUCUUCUCCAAGGACUUAGAUAUUGAGCCAGGAGGUCACUGGAGGCCUAAGGACUGUAAGCCCAGAUGGAAGGUGGCAGUUCUCAUUCCUUUCCGUAAUCGCCAUGAACAUCUUCCGAUUUUUUUCUUGCAUCUGAUUCCAAUGCUCCAGAAGCAGAGGUUGGAAUUUGCCUUUUAUGUCAUUGAACAGACUGGCACACAACCUUUUAACCGUGCAAUGCUCUUCAACGUGGGCUUCAAAGAGGCCAUGAAAGACAGUGUCUGGGACUGCGUAAUCUUCCAUGAUGUGGAUCAUCUACCCGAAAAUGACCGAAACUAUUACGGUUGUGGAGAAAUGCCACGUCAUUUUGCAGCAAAGCUGGAUAAAUACAUGUAUAUUCUACCAUAUAAAGAAUUUUUUGGUGGUGUAAGUGGCCUGACAGUGGAGCAAUUCAGAAAGAUCAAUGGUUUUCCUAAUGCCUUCUGGGGAUGGGGAGGAGAAGAUGAUGACCUUUGGAACAGAGUUCACUAUGCAGGAUAUAAUGUAACAAGACCAGAGGGAGACUUGGGAAAAUAUAAGUCUAUUCCUCAUCACCAUCGAGGUGAAGUCCAGUUUUUAGGACGGUAUAAAUUGCUAAGAUACUCAAAAGAGCGUCAGUACAUUGAUGGGUUGAACAAUUUAAUAUAUACGCCAAAAAUACUGGUUGAUAGGUUGUAUACAAAUAUAUCUGUAAACCUCAUGCCAGAGUUAGCUCCAAUUGAAGACUAUUAAAAGAAAUAGCUCUCAUGGCAAGAUCGACCGCAAUGCUGGAUCAUAAACUUGGAGCGUACUCUUCCUGGAGGUCAGUGAAUGGAUGUGUCACAGUGCCCCGAUCUGUGCGAAGAAGAGCCAGCAGUCCUCACUGUUUACAGUGUGGGAUAAGAUUCGAUCACCCAUCCUCUUCUCUGAGACACACCCCCAUGGCAAGCACGCAGAGACCCGAUGCCAUUGCUGAAAUCUGGACGUUGAGAGAGCUCCCUACAAAGAGAAAAUUUUUAUACUGAAAUAUAUAAUUUAAUUCAAGAGAAUGCUUUAUUUCUGUUUAAACAUGUUUUGUAUAUAUGUGAUGUAAAUUAAUGUGUUCAAAUUGUUGGAAAAGAAGGUGUGUUGCAGUUUUGCAUGUAAUUGGUUAUGCCUUUAUUGGACUUUUAUAGAAUUUUUUAUUUGCAUGGAAAAAAACAAUGCAAAUCUAUGUCACUAAAAAAGGUUAACCCUUGUGUGAAAUGAAGGAACUGUCAAUAAUUGACACCCAACUACUACAGUAAACUGUUAUACUAGUUUUGAGCUUUAGACCUUCAGCCUUUUGUGUGGAAGAAGUCACAGCUUUCUUAGGGUCUUAAAGGGUAAGAAGAAGGGAUGUAAACUGCUUUUCUUCCUACCAGGAUUACCUGUUUUUUUCCUUGCUUGCAAUCUCAUCAGAUUUUGCUAAAUCACAACCAUAUUGUUUAUGCACAUUGCAUGAGUAUUACCAAGAAAAUCUUAAACGUUGGGAUGUAACAUGAUAUAAAGGACCUCUUUAUGUUAACUGUCUUUCAUGUAUCUUUGGUGUGAUUGUCGGGGAUUUCAUGCCUCAAUGUUCUAGCAGCUGUGUGUGUUUGUACACUGUAUUUUUUUUUAAUUCCUAGUGAACAGCACUUUUAUUAUUUCUAGUUCAGAAGAGCCAAAAAAACAAUAUCAUUUAAAAAAAUCAAAACAAUUUUUUUUAAAAGAAUGAGCUAUGGAAAACCCAAUAGUACCUAUAAUAUACAAAUGAAUUAUACUAUUAGAGAAGAAAUUAAAUGUUCUAUUUUUAUGAAGAUAAAAGCUUAGUAGAUAAAAACAAAUUUUAAGUUUAAUUCUCAGACUCAUAGACUUUCAAGUUUUGAGGGGAACCUUUAAUGUCAACCAGUUUUAUUAGAACUAUAUUUUUUUCACUUUUAAGAAAUUACAUUUCUGGUAUCCUUAAAAUUGCCUCACUGAACUAAUUUAAUAGAAUUAUAUUAAAAUAUAUAAUCAGUUAUUUAAAUGCACUGAUGUAAUAGGACACUUCUCUGAGAACAGGUCUCACUACCUGACAUCCAGGAUAUUAUUUUAUCUUAAAUUCAGAUGAAGUUCUCAUGGCAAAACCAAACAAUAUCCUUCCUUUGAAAAUUGUCAACUAUAAUUAACCAAAGAUUCUAGGAAAUACCUUGAUAUUUUCACAAAUUUAAAACAAAAAAUUAUGUAUCUAUAAAGUGAAUCUUCAAAAACAAUGAAGAACAAUAGAAAUCUAUCUAUGCGGGAUGUUGGGAUCAUAUUUGCCUCAUGGAUUAUUCAUCUAAAACAGAAAUGUGGUUAUUUAUCUCAGGUUUAAGUUUAAUUUUGAAGUAUCAAUUUUUAUGGCAGUUUUGGUAAUACAAAUGACCACAAGCCAAAUAAUAAAAUAAUUGAAGUUCUUACACUUUGAGAAAACUGAUCAAUCUCCCUUAUGAUACCAAACAGAAUUUUCCAUAUUUAUUUCUCUAGAAGUAGUUCCCAAAUAUUUAUCUUCCUUUUUUUUUGGUGGUAUUCAAAAUCACCAAAAAAAAUCAAACCUUCUGAAAAGUAAGAGAUUUGUUCAGAAUUUGUAUAUCUGUUCAUUUUGGUCUCACAGCCAAUACAGUUUUUUUAAUUUGGUGAAAUGAAAGGAGGUUGGGAAUGUUAACAUUUGUGAUCACUAACAAGAUAGUGGGGGCAUAGGAGCAUAAUUAACCCAAUAAUAGUUAAAUAUUUUUUUAAUACAUAUUUUAACUGUGGGGAAAAUUAGGGCUGUUUCUGAGUCUUAUUUGUAAAACAUAUUUUUUGCUUUUUGAUGUGGAGCUGCCCACAUUUUGGAAUCCUCAUUGUUUUGAUACACAUUUAACAGGUUCAGAAGAACUCAGUUCUACUAGUAUCUGCCUUAUUUUCUUGGAUUAAGUCUAAUAGCAAUUUUUGUUUUAUGAGUGAGCCAUGUUAUUUUGCUCUCUUUAGUUUUGAAUAAUAUAUGUCAUCCUGUGAAAAUCAUCUCAUUAGUUUGUUUUUUCCCCUUUUUUGUUUUGUUUUGCUUUUUAAGUGCACACCUAAAAUUGAUUUUUGCCUAUAAAGAAAGACUUUUAUAUGUUUUCUUAAGAGUGAUAGAGAGCUUUCUUUGGUCAGUUAUCUUCAUUUUAUGAAAAUAAAUCUAUUCCAUAAAAAUUAACGAAUACAUUGCAAAUGCAAAUUUCUCUUUAUUGUUACAUUUGGUAGAUUUCUUAGUGAACAUAUAUUGAUUGCCUACUCUGUAUCAAGUGUGAUGCGAGGUAUGUCAACAGAAAAAGUAUUUUAUUUCUGAACAAAUAAAAUCAAGUUGAAACCUAAAGUUAUGAAGACAUCCUCUGAUAACUUAUCAGUUGUCUUUCUUAGUUUCAAGGUCAAGGAAUAUAUGUAUGUGGACAUGGAGCUAUUAUGAGGUCCCUAAGGCACUAACUGGGAAAGUUACAUAGUGCCUUUCAGCUGGAGAGAGAAGUAAUGAUUAAUGGGCCUGUUUGUAGAAAAGAGAGGGAAAAGUGUACACAUGAGUAUUUUUUUAAAUCUACAUUUAAAUUUGUAUUUUGUGAAGAGGUGUUCAAUAAGAAAGCUUAUUUAUAGUAUUAUGCAAAUACAUAAUUAUGUAUUAAAAACUUGCUUAGACUCCUUUUCCAACCAAAAUAUUGAUAUCCAUUUUAAAACAAAAUGGAAAAAUAACCAAUACAAGAUUGUCCUUCUUUUGGAGGCUUCCUACAAGUGAAAGCAGAUUUGUGUCAUUUUAUUUGGCCUCUGCUUGUAUCUGUUAUAUUUCUCUGUGUACUUUUCAGACAAAUAUUAGCGCUCUAGGUUUAUUGCCUUGUAUUUGCAAGUAUGCCAAUUGAGAGAUCUCAAGUGGCCAUAGUGUUGUUUAUCAGAAAGAGGAAGUGUACUUAAGAUUAUUUUAUUUAUUAGAUCUGAAAGGCUUCUACAUAAAUGCACUGAAAUAAAUGCUAGUAAUUCUUGUA